AUGGAGCGAAAGUUUUUACUUGGAUUGUUAUUGAGCUUUGUGAUUGUUGUAGUCAAUGGACAAGGAUACCGUCCUCGUCCUCCAGCGAAUCCAAUAUGUGCAUUUCCUCGUGAUCCCGGUCCCUGCAGAGGCUCCUGUCCCAGAUAUUACUACAACACAAGAACAGGAACUUGCCAGCGGUUUACCUAUGGAUGCUGUGGGGGAAAUGCGAACAAUUUUCAAUCAAGAGGACUCUGUAAUAGGGUUUGCAGGAAUAGAGUCUGUCCUGCAAUAGCCUGUCUUAUUGGACCUUGUACUUCUCAAAAGUGCCCAGCCUUUCCCGAGGCCAUUUGCGUUAUAGCCAUACACGUGGCUUCUGCCCACAGAUGGAGGCUUACCGGAACUUCCUGUACAGAAGCCAAAGAUCCGGGUCCUUGUAAAGGCUUCUUCCGGAGAUGGUACUUCCAUCCGUCUGACAACACAUGUCGGAGGUUUAUAUACGGCGGUUGUGGGGGAAAUGGCAAUAACCACAGAUCUUUAAAGAGCUGCCUGGAUGCUUGUAAUGAUGGUUGUCCAAACGGAACAAACCCAGAUAAAGUACGAUGCAUUGUGGGAGCUUGCACCAUUCAAACCUGCCGACGCUAUCCGUGGGCUAUCUGUGUACCAAGAUGUAACGGAUGUAUCUCGCGGUUCAUCUUAUUCGGGAGGGACGUGACGAACAGGUGUCACAGGCGAGUUCCCCUACCCCCCAAACGACGGCGACCGGUGCUUAUCGUGAGGAGGCGGAAAUCUGGAAAUCGAAGACGGAAGCAUUUACAUAAAAGACGGAAGUAUGUGAAUCGCAGAGGGAAGUUGGUGGUUCCUAAACGGAAGCCCACAGAUAGGAAUCUUCGAAGUCCCUGA